CUGAACGCGGGACCUUGAAGCCCAAGAUGUCGGCUUACGCGAGUUCUCAGUUCGGUGCCGGACCUUCUUCGGCCAAUGCCGGGCCCGGAGAGCAUGUCUUAGAGCAGUUUAUGACCGAGGUGAAAGAGAUUGAAGUGAGAGACUCUGUUCUGACGUCCAAACAGCAGAUUGACCGACUCCUGAGGCCAGGGGCAACCUACUUCAACCUCAACCCUUUUGAGGUGUUACAGGUAGAUAUUGAUGCUUCACCUGCUGAUGUGAAGAAAAGGUACAGACAGUUGUCCAUUCUGAUCCAUCCGGACAAGAACCCAGAUGACCAUGACAGGGCAGAGGCAGCUUUUGAUGCUGUCAACAAGGCGUACAAGAUGCUGGACAAUGAGGAUGCUAAGAGGAGGUGUAUGGAUGUGGUGGAGGAGGCCAAGGCACAUGUGGAAAAUAGGAUAAAAGAGAAGAGGAAACAGUUGAAGAAGGAAGGAAAGUCCAGUACAGUAGAGGAGGAUGAUCCAGCUAAGUACAAGCAUGCCCUGUGGGUGAUGAUGUGUAAACUGUUUGCUGACAGAGAGAGGAAGAGAAGGGAACAGGAACAGAGGGAGGCAGACCUCAGAAAACGAGCAGCAGAUGAGGAGGCAGAGGAAGUAGAGAAGGCCAAACGGCAGAAGGAGUGGGAGAAACAGUGGGAGGCCAAGAGAGAGGAGCGUGUAGACAGCUGGAGGAGUUGGCAGCAGACCACCAAGCCCAAACCAGAGAAGGAGAAAAAGGCCAAGAAAGAGAAGAAACCUCCGCGCAUGUUCAAACCUCCCAAACACAAGAUGGAGCAGCGGUAGUAUCCGGUGUAACUAGCCUUUCUAUCUUUGUAAGAAGACAACGAUAAGUGUUGACUAUUGUACUAGUGCCUGUGCCCAUUUCCGGUGAUACUUUUGUAGACGACAUUUGUACCUCCCCAUCGUAUAUACCCUAAAAUUUAACUUAGCAUGAAUACCACAGCAUUAUGUGGUGAGCCAAUAAGAAGAAACAGCCCUCUAAAAAUUUGUUUCACCAUUUUUGAGAGUUUUUUUGUGUUCGUUCUGAAGUUUAACCAGGGCUUGUAAAUACUGAUUUGGUCGAUGAAAUCAAAACUGAUUCAAAAAAAAAAUUGGCUGUAAGCUGAGCGAGGAUGUCUGGCCUGGGGCCAGCAAAAAUGUCUUGAUAAAAGGAUCUUGAAUUUGCUUUAAGAGCUGAUAAACCAUUUUGAACUUUUUGAAGCUAAAAGAAUAUCAGAAAUACUUCAAAUCCAGCUGAGCUGACAAGACAGUGUGGUACUAGAGGAAAAACUCUUCAUCAUUCUCACUCCAUAAAAAUGUUAAGUUGAACAUUAUGCUUUGGCUAUGUAUUAUAACCAGGAGCACAAUAAUUACAAUGCUACCAAAUGUUAUACAAAACUAUAACUGUUAUGUUAAGGUGUCGUCACAGUCAAAAAUGACUUUCUCCAAGGUCCUACCUCUUAGUACCUAACAUUGUUUGAGAAAAACAGAUUUCAUAAUUUUGCACAUUGCACAUAUAGUUCAUAUACAUGUACCAAUACUAAGUCAGGGGACCCCCCUCCCCAACAUAACAUAUUUAGAAAGAUGCUCUAAAUCAAAGGCUUUGUAUUAAAUAACCCACAUCAUAUGAACAAGGACUGUAGUUAUGCCAAAGCAAAUUAGUUGACCCAUACACAUAUAAGUAUUCUAUGUUUGAGAAAGCAGGAAGAUGUAGUUUUGUAUGUGUCCACGUCCAAAGAAGUUGUAGCAUCGCCAUAGAGAAUAUCAGAAUAUUUACCGCUAUUGUUCUUUAGUUUUAGAGCCAUAUCAGCUUUGUAAAGUGCUUUAUUAGGUCUUCAGAAUUGAUUCAGCCGCGGCUUCAAAACACCACGAAAACCUCAACUUUCCCUAAUAUCAUAAACUUAAGCAACGGCAAGAAUAAAUUUUCAUCAACAGCUAAUGUUGAGAGCUCAUAUGCGACUUGUUGAAAGUGUACACAGACCUGAAGAUAUACAUUACCAUCCGGGGGACUUGCAAUCUGGAGUAUUUUACAGCAAAAAAAGAGAGAUACAAUAUCUGUACCCAGAGAGUGAUAACAUGUUGCUUAUGUCCAAAUCUGUCCACUUUAAAUUUCUGUUAAAUCUUUGUGCAUUAUGUACAUAUCUAGGGCUGUUAUAGAAAGAAGUGCAAGUAGAAGGCAACAAUAAGAUAAAGGGUAAAAAAUUCAUCAUACUAAUAAUAACAAUAAAACUUUAGUUUAGUUUUAGUUCUGUACAAAAGAAUCAAGAAUCUUUAUCAUUUUUAUUUACUUGAUGGAACUGACUAUGAGAAGGAUAACACCUCAGGUAAGCUGAUAUGUAGAGGCCAUGUUGGAGCAUAGGAAAUUGAGACAAUGUUCAGAACUACAGUGCUAUGGUAGCCUUUUGCUGUAUCAGAUUUGUGUUGGUUACAGUGUGAGGCAGCAUUGAGGAGGUUAAGUCUCAUAUGAUUCUGAUAUGACACUGUCCAGUAGUGACAGUACCAGAGCACAGUGAUCGGAUGUUUUUCAGUAGUGACUGUUGAUCUUGAUACAUGCUGUAAGCCAGAUCUUACUAAACAUUUGUACAGUACGACUGCCAAUUGCCUAUAUCCAAGCUCAUAACACCAAAACAUAUGUAGCAGCCUUGUUUUUGUUGUCCUGUUGACAGACUGACAGCCGUGGUUACCUUUGGACCAAUUUUGUACACCUCUAUCUAACCUGUACUUCCACCUUUGUGGGAGACUCUUGUACCAACAGUUGGAAAUAAACAUCUC